AUGAGAAUAGAAAGUGAUAUUAGGCGAGUACAAGAGAUGGUAUAUGAAUAUGAUUUGGAGAAAAUCGAAUGUGGAAUACAGGACACAGAGGAACAAAUGAAGGAAUUGGAAACAAAAGGACACGAGGAAGAAAACUUAAGGAUAGAAAGUGAUGAAAGGAACGGACAGAAUGUGGAAAAACAGAUGGUAAAUGAAUAUGAAAUGGAGAGAAGCUUAUGA